AUGAUUGCAGUUAUUCUCUUGGACACAACAACGGAGGAGAAACUCGAUUGGACGAGAUAUCCGUUCGGGCCUCAAGCUAACACUCCUGGCUGGGUGGAGGAGUCUUUUACGAACUUCGACAAAGGCAUCAACUGGCGGAGUUACGUUGUGUGCGACGUGGCGUAUAACAAUGUGAACAAUUGGCUGUGGACGCCGUUCAUAGAGAGGGGUCCGGCGAAUCGCAUGUACAUAGAAAUUAAUUUCACGACUCGCGACUGUUCGCUGUUCCCCGGGAACGCUCUCAGCUGUAAGGAGACUUUCAGUCUACUCUACUAUGAGUUCGACGCCGCCACCAAGGAGCCACCCCCGUGGGAGCCGGACAGUUACAAACUUAUUGGUCGCAUAGCCCCGGGCGAAGGUAGGUUCAACAUGAACACCGAGGUAGUGAUCAACACCGAGGUAAAGUCGAUUCCGGUGACGAAGAAGGGCGUUUACUUCGCCUUUCGUGAUCAGGGCGCCUGCAUAUCGAUUUUGGCCAUCAAGGUGUACUACAUCAGUUGUCCCGAGAUCUCGGUGAACUUCGCCCAUUUUCCGGCCACGCCGACCGGUCGCGAGGUUGCGCUCAUCGAGCAAACUCGCGGCAUUUGCGUCGCGAACGCCGUCAAAAUCGCCCAGCCGACUUUCCUCUGCAAGGGAGACGGCAAAUGGUACCUCCCGACGGGCGGAUGCCACUGCAAGCCCGGCUACCAGGCUGACACGGACAAGCAGGAGUGCAAGGAGUGUCCGAUAGGCAAGUUCAAGCACGAGGCGGGCUCACAUGCCUGCGAGCUAUGCCCGGAGCACAGCAAAGCCUCCGAUUACGGCUUCACGGAGUGUCGUUGCGAUCCGGGCUAUUAUCGGGCGGAAAAGGAUCCUAAGAAAAUGCCUUGCACGCAACCACCUUCGGCGCCGCAAAACCUGACCGUCAACUUUGUCGAUCAGUCCACGGUGAUCCUUUCCUGGAACGCGCCGCAUAUGCUGGGUGGCAGGACCGACACGACUUACAGAGUGGACUGCGAUUCCUGCAGCAUGGGCGUCAAAUACAUUCCCAAUACCGAGAUCUUCAACGACACGAAGAUCACGAUAACCGGCCUGAACGCGGUGACCACCUAUCGCUUCCAAGUGUUCGCCGAGAACGGCGUAUCGUCGUUGGUCGGCAAAUCGGAAUAUGUGGACAUUACCGUUACGACGGAGGCGAGCGUGCCGAGUCUAGUGAGCAACGUCAGGAUCACGAGUGUCAAGAGCUCGGAGCUCAGCAUCAGUUGGGACGCGCCGGACAUCGGAGCUGGCGGAGACAACGAUCUUGUCGAGCGAUACGAAGUGAGGUGUUACCCGCGCUACGACGACGCCACUAAUGCAACCGUCAUUCAAACGUCCGAGCUGUCCGCCACGUUCAAAGGUCUCAAGCCUUCCACGGAUUACGCGAUACAGGUUCGCGCUAAGACCACCCGCGGCUGGGGCGAGUACACGCCGGUGAUAUUUAAAAAGACACCCCACGCGAUGGGUUUAGACUACGUCGGCGAGGAUGACAACAUGCAAGUUAGGAUAAUUGCAGGGGCGAUCGUUGCUGUGGUCGUACUUCUCGUGAUUAUUAUCAUCAUGACCGUACUGAUCCUUAGAAGGGCCUCGGACGAGUGCAACAAGAAGCAGCCGAGCGACUGCGACACCCUGGAGUACAGAAACGGCGAAGUGACCACGCCGCUGUUCACACCUGCAGUGGGGGUCGCCGCGGCGGGCGCAGGCGGCGCAGGCGGUGCAGGUGCAAGGAGUUACGUAGAUCCUCACACCUACGAGGACCCGAAUCAGGCGGUACGCGAAUUCGCCCGAGAGAUUGACGCCGGAUAUAUCACGAUAGAAGCCAUCAUAGGUGGCGGAGAGUUCGGCGACGUCUGCCGAGGAAAACUGAAAUUGCCUCCCGACGGACGGACGGAAAUAGACGUGGCCAUAAAGACCCUGAAGCCGGGCUCCGCGGACAAGGCCCGUAACGACUUCCUGACGGAGGCGUCGAUAAUGGGCCAGUUCGAGCACCCCAACGUGAUAUUCCUGCAAGGCGUGGUGACGAAGAGCAAUCCGGUGAUGAUCAUCACCGAGUUCAUGGAGAAUGGCAGCCUGGACACUUUCUUGCGCGCGAACGACGGCAAGUUCCAAGUGCUCCAGCUGGUGGGCAUGCUGCGCGGCAUCGCCAGCGGCAUGCAGUACCUCGCGGAAAUGAACUACGUGCACCGCGAUCUCGCCGCGAGAAACGUGUUAGUCAACGCCGCUCUGGUUUGCAAGAUCGCCGAUUUUGGGCUCAGUAGAGAGAUCGAGAGUGCCACGGAGGGGGCUUACACGACCAGGGGCGGUAAAAUCCCGGUACGGUGGACGGCACCGGAGGCGAUAGCGUUCCGUAAAUUCACAAGCGCCUCCGACGUUUGGAGCAUGGGUAUCGUGUGUUGGGAGGUGAUGUCGUACGGCGAGAGGCCGUACUGGAACUGGUCGAAUCAAGAUGUGAUAAAAUCGAUCGAGAAGGGCUACAGGCUUCCAGCGCCGAUGGACUGUCCGGAGGCUAUCUACCAGCUGAUGCUCGAUUGCUGGCAGAAAGAGCGCACCCAUCGGCCGACCUUCGCCAAUCUCACGCAGACUUUGGACAAGCUCAUUCGAAGUCCGGACACGCUGAGAAAAAUCGCUCAGAACAGGGGCACAAAUCCACUGGCGCCAGACGCGGUGGACCUAACGCAAUUGAAUUCCGUCAGUGAAUGGCUGGCCUCCAUCAAGAUGUCACGAUACGCGGAGAGCUUCGAGCGGGCGGGCGUGACGACGCUGGAGGCGGCGGCGCGCGUCACCGUCCAGGAGCUCACGGCCCUCGGCAUAACGCUCGUGGGACAUCAGAAGAAGAUCAUGAACAGCGUGACGGCGUUACGGGCGCAGAUGUCCGCCACCUCGCAGGGUUUCCUCGUGUAACCGCGACCUCAAAUCCCGCGAACGGAUCGUACGUAGAAAAUCGGCGGUUGAUCGGCACGGAACAUCGCUACCCCCUAUGGAUCUCACGAAUUCCCGCUUACUCGAGGCGCCCCGACGCGUCGCCUCCGCAAGGGGAGGGAGACAACGACCUCUUCCCCCCCUUAUGUAUCAUCUAGGACUCGUGAUUACCUAGUCAGAGCGACGAUGUCCUCGAGCGAGUAUCUCUUUUCGCGCGCGCGAACAGUUCCGAUGAACUGGUGGUAGUACUCGAGCAAAGCUUUCACCGAUACCUCCGAAGCGAUAUGCGAACGCUGUAUCUCACUUUAACCGAGAGAUUCAAAAGUAUUCGUGCUGCAGACAUUCCACGUUAGCGAGAGGAUUUAGUCGAAUGGAAAUCCACUCUUCGCAUUUACGACUCUCCCCUCGUAGAAACGAGAGGGAAUACCACGAGGACCACUCAUUCGCCAUCUCGCAUGUAAAGUGCAACGACUUUUACUGAACUCGUAGGACGAAUUACAUCUGUUGCGAAAACUUCCGCGAUCUAUAAGUGUCAAAGAAAAUUGCCGUGACGCCUUACGGAUCAUUUCACGAGGCUUGUUUCAGGACGUCCUGAAAGAUCACUAUGGAAAGGGGUCUUAACGGGAUCAAUAUAACAUACUCUCCUACACGAACAACGAGCGCCAAUACUCUUUCGUUUUCUAGGCCGUUUCCGUGACCGAUCUAUCCAGGUCAGACUGACAACGGAAAUAAACGAGCCAUCCUUGUAAUCAUCACUGCCGCGAAAUCUUUCGUCACUAAUAAAUGCUCUCCUUUUAAUUUAAAGUUGUAUAACAACUGUUGAAUUGUAUACACUGUAUAUUUUUUUCUUCGGAGGCUUUUAUUGAGAUUUACAACCGAAUUUUUUUUUUUACUAUUCUAUUACACGCGCUUGUUAGGUUUUGUAAUAUUUUGUACUGAACGACAGCUCAUUUUAGUACGUACGUAUUCUGCGAUAUAAACACUGAACGGCGAACAUAUCGGCCUAAAUGUCGUUCGAAUAUGUCUGUUCCUGGCCUCUUUUCUUAAGUAUAUGUAAAGUUACGUGUCUGUCUGUAACGAUCGAUAUAAGCAAUACGCAUCUGACAAGGAAAAAAAUAACAAUUAGAAAAAUAGAGGACAUCACGAGGGAGUACUGUACCAAAAAUCGGAUUGUAAUAAUUUCCGAGAUUCCGAGAUCGGAAGCGUGACACAGCAGUGUAGGUUCAUUAUUUCGUGUAGCAAAUGUAGCAAGUGCAUAUUACGCGUAUGUCGGCAAUUGUACACGGAUCGAGAGCAAGGGCGAGCGUUUAGCGAGAUUCGUCAUUAUUAACUCUUUACGCUAAAUUACGAUUCAUGCCUUCGCGUUACCUAUAUGAGGACGUCGUACACGCGGCCUAUAUACAUAUAGGUGUACCCUUUCGAUUAUAAACGAUAAAUGAUGAAACGAAUGAAGCGGACAUGUGCCAACGCGAGUGUGCAGGAGUUAUUUUAGCGCGAGGCUGCGUGGACACGGGACAAACGAGCGGGAAACGAGAGGACGCGUGAAUGUGAGUGAGAAUGAAAUUGCGAAUCGGUGAGUGACGAGAAUCUGCCGCGACCCAUUUUUCGCGCUAUAUUCAUAUGUACACGAGCGUGCGAUCACGAAAUCAUUCUAUAUAUACAUACAUAUAUAUAUAUAUAAAGAUAGAUAAUGUGUUAUAAAUACGACAUUGUGAAAAGGGAGUAAACGAGCGGGAGUAAAACUCUCUAUCGAUAGGAAAAAGCACAAGGGACAUUCGUUCGCGCCCGGAGAACAAAGGAACGCGACGCGACGCGAGGGAAAACGCGGUUUCGAGUACGUCCCUCAUUAGCAAGCAAUGCGUUAACAUAUCAACAUUAUCGCGAAAUGCAAUGCGAGCGCGAGAAGGGACGUCCUCGCGUGCGUCGUUACUCGAGAUCGAGUCUCGAUUCUGUUCUCGGAUAGCAUAGCGAGUGACAAAAGAGAAAAGGCUAGCCGGAAAAAGAGAACAACGCAAAGAGAAACGAACGUGAAGUCGGAGGGUGUAAGAUACGCGGACAAAAAAAUACUCACGUAUACGCGAGCGACGAUGCGUGCGAUUAAUACGAGGCACGCGUCGUCCACGGGGUAACUCUUUUUUUUUUCUAUUUUAUUUUCACAGUCCGACCGAGGGAAUUUCCUCGCGAAGCAACGUCCAUUCCAAUAUACAUGUAAUCUGUAAUAGAAAACCAUUUCCUUUCCUUAGAAAGAGAGAUAGAACGGACGAGAGGCUUGCUUCGCCGUGUUUCGCCACAUCCGCAUUCGCUAAAUAAUUUGCUAAAUAAAGACUGCAUCCCGGGCCGCGAUACGUUACACCCGGGAUACACCCACGUUACCGGCGACUUGUCUUAAAAGAGACCAACGGAGCGGCAGACAUAUGCGUACGAAAAUAUUGCGCGUGAGAUUAAAAACGGCUUCCACGUGAGUCCAGCGAGUCACGAAGAAAUUCUUUUAUUUUCUAAUUUAACGGUUUAACGCUAGAGUAAUAUAGUCGACGAUGUGUAUAUCGAGGCGACGAUGGAUCGCGACACGGACAAAGGUGGAAAGGCGUGCUUUCGGAGGUGAGAUUUCUUGCGCUCGAUAAGAUACAAGACAACGACGAAAGCGAACGUCUUUCGCAAACCCCCAGCCAAUUCUCGCUCUCGAUUUAAUCAAAGAAAGAGGCGAAAGUCGCGCCUGCAAAGCGAUUAAAAUCAAUCAGUCCCGCUUCUGUCUCGGCGCGAUCCAACGGUGGCUCCCCUCGUGAAACGAAAUGUUGCUCGAAGUCAUACUCCGAGCGGGGAAUGUCGGGAUACGCUCCGGUGUCUUUCGACCCGCCGUACUUCCUUCCAGCGUACGUAUCGACAAAAAA